CCACAACAUCUGCUGCUCCGCGUCAGAACAACCCGGAGAGAAGGAAGUGAACCGCGCCGGCGCUCUGAAAGACUCCCGCCGCAUUUAGACUCACGAUAAAAACGAAGUGUUCUUCUUAAGGUUUAGUUUUGAGUUAAGGUAACUUUGAGCAACAUGGCAGAGAAGGUGGAUCUGGAGGAAGUGAAGGCAUCCAACGGCGAGGCGCACCGCGAUGGGCCGCUUGCCAACGGGUUUACCGGGCAGCGGAAGGGCAGCCCGGAACCGAUGUCCAAGCGCUUAAAGAGGAUCUUCAAGGCGAAUCUGCUGGUGAUCCUGACCGUGGCCGGGGUCAUCGUGGGGGUCUUCAUUGGGCUCGGUGUGCGCACCGUGUCGCCGACCCUAACCCAGCAGAUCUACAUCGGCUUCCCCGGCGAGAUCCUCAUCCGGCUGCUGAAGAUGAUCAUCAUUCCCCUGGUGGUGUGCAGCCUGGUGUCCGGAGCGGCGAGCAUCGACCCCAAAGCUCUGGGGAAACUGGGUGGCUGGGCCAUGCUGUUCUUCUUGGUCACCACCUUGAUAGCCUCGUCCAUCGGAGUGGUGAUGGCUUUCAUUAUCAAGCCGGGAAAUGUGGAAAUGAACACCACCGCAAACGCUAAAGACAUGAGCGACGAUAUUCCGGCGAACAAAGAGGUUAUAGACUCCUUCUUAGACCUGAUCAGAAACAUCUUCCCCUCCAACCUGGUGUCUGCCGCCUUUCAGUCGUAUGGAACCUCCUACAAGAUGAUAAACGCGUCCGGAAUCCCAGAGAAGGUUCCCAUUGGAACAGAUCAAGACGGGAUGAACAUCCUUGGAUUGGUGGUGUUCGCUAUUGUUUUCGGAGUGGCUCUGAGGAAGCUGGGCGAAGAAGGAGAGAUCCUCAUCAAGUUCUUCAACUCCUUCAACGAGGCCACCAUGGUGCUGGUGUCCUGGAUCAUGUGGUACGCCCCUGUAGGUAUCAUGUUCCUCGUCGCCGGUAAGAUUGUGGAGAUGGACGACGUCGGCAAGCUGUUUGCCAGCCUGGGAAAAUACAUCGCCUGCUGCAUGAUUGGCCACGCCAUUCACGGCCUGCUGGUGCUGCCCCUCAUCUACUUCAUUUUUACCAGGAAGAACCCCUACACCUUCCUGUGGGGCAUCUUCACAGCCUUGGCCACGGCUUUUGGAACGAGCUCCAGCUCUGCCACUCUGCCCCUCAUGAUGAAGUGCGUGGAGGAGAAAAACGGCGUGUCCAAGCACAUAAGCCGCUUCAUCCUGCCCAUCGGCGCCACGGUCAACAUGGACGGGGCCGCGCUCUUCCAGUGUGUGGCGGCGGUUUUCAUCGCCCAGCUUAACAACACCAGUCUCAACUUCAUCCAAGUCAUAACCAUCCUUGUGACGGCGACAGCGUCCAGUGUUGGAGCUGCAGGUAUACCUGCAGGCGGUGUGCUGACCCUAGCUAUAAUCCUGGAGGCAAUUGGACUGCCCACCAGUGACAUCUCUCUCAUCCUGGCUGUUGACUGGCUUGUUGACCGCACCUGCACUGUGCUGAAUGUGGAGGGCGAUGCCUUCGGAGCGGGGCUCCUGCAGCACUUUGUGGACAAAACAUCCAAACACGAAGGAGUGGAGGAGCUCAGCGAGGUCAGGAUGGACAGAGAUGCGUCCGCCGCCAUGCCCGAGCACUCGCCGCUCAUUGAUAAACGAGGCUUGGAGGGCGCAAAAGGAGACCUUUCUUCCGAGAAAGAGUCGUCCAUGUAACGCAGAUUGUGACUUCUACUGCAAACCCGCCAAGAAACACAAAACUUAAGCUCCCCCUAUUAAGAAAAGAGUCCAAGGAGAGAGGACGGACAUGCACACUACAAUGCAAAGACACGCUCUCGGACCUCAAAUACAUUUCUGGACGGGCUGCAGCCAAUAUCUUAUGGGAUAUAUAGAAACCAUGAUACACUCAGUGGGUUAUUUAAUUUUUUAGGGGAAUAUAAGACUGAUUUAUUUUUUUUUUUUAUUACUUCUCCCUUAUGUUUAUUUGAUGUAUGGUCUACUCUGAAAUCAGAUUGGAAGGUUUCAUAAGCCACUUAAACGAAAACAGACUAUUUGCAUCGAGGAGCGCAGCACAUGACACAUUUAUUCAUGCUGGACAAAUGAAUAUGAAUGUCUGUUUCUAAAGCGUUCUCCUAUCUCAUGUGCGUCACUGUUCUUCUGACAGAAACUGUCUUUUUAUACAUAUAUUUAAAAAACAAAAAAAUAGCGUCCAUAGUUACCACAUAGUCUUUUUUAGAUUCAAACGUGUCAGGUUUUGGAACGCCGCAUGUGAAAUUAAAGCAAUAAGAAUGAUAUAUUUUUCCAAAUGGGAUCCAGAUUAAAAAAAAAACAUACAUAUAGCUACUUUCAUGCAGGUUUCUUCCAGUGGAGAGUUUAAUAGAUGUGCAUCAAUGCAGCGGUGCUCAAAUGUUACAAACUGUGCAGUGGAUAACAGUCCUAUUCUUGUUUUUGUUUGUCAUUGCAUUGUUAGUCUUUAUGCCUUUUUGGUUUAGAAUUGUGACCAAUCAUUUGUGACCAAUCGUUUUAUCGGCUAGUGUUCUUUUAGGUUUUUCAAUUGAAGUAGACACUUUGAAGAGAUAAACAAUCUACAACACGCUGCUGUAAUCUAUAGUCAUUGCCUUAAACAAGACAAUUUCUGAGCUAAAUGCUUUUGUACAUGUAGAGGAAGCAGUUUUGCUCCAUGCUGCUGUAGGUGAAACACACAGCUGCUCAUAGUAGUAGAGGCUGUGCUUUAUCAUUUGCUAUGACUAUCUGAAACUGUUUUGGCUAACUUUGCAGGGACACAUGGAAGUUUAAUUGGAGGACUGAUUGAAAGCAAAGUCCAGUCCAAUUUUAAUUCUUAAUAUUAGAAAAUUAUAUUAUAUUAUUACUUUUUUCCGAUUUUUAGAUCUGCAGAAGAACCAAAGGUACAAUCUGUAACUAUCUGCACUAUAUAGAGAUUAUUGGAACCAUUCUUUUGUACUGUAAUUGGUUCCUUUACAUCUUUUAUUUUAGUAUCCCAUCCUUUGCAGAGAGCACAAUGAUUCCUUCACCUUGGUGAGGGAGAUCCAACUCCCCAUGCUGCAAGGACGUAGUUCAUCUAUCCGCCUUACACCUGCAUUAAAAUGGCCAACAUGAUAUUUGGAAAAAAUGUUUUAUAGUUAGUUUUUUUUUCUUGUUGUUGUUUGGAGGGUGUUUAUUGAAGGCUUCUUUUUAAUCUGUUAUAAUUGUGGUUAUUCAUAACCAAAUGUUCUCUUAAUGUUUGUUUUCCCCAUUCUUUUUGAUGGGGGGGGGGAGGAAGCUAUAUAGUUGUUAUUGUAUUCCAAAGGCUACAAGAUGAAAUAUUAGCCUUGGUAUUGUCCCAAAGGAAAAUGAAGGAGCACAAGCGUUCUGACUCGUCUCUCUAGAUGGACUUUACCUUCUUAAAAAGACAACAAAGCCUCAGGUUUGAUGUUUGCCUUGUUCUUCAGGUACUGAAAGACCAAAAAUCAAAGUCGGCUUAAUGAAGGCUUAAUGAACUCUUGAGGACGCAUGAUGACACCUUUUUAAUAUCUAUACUAAUUUUGGAUUUUUCUCUUUUCACCUCCCCUGACUUCCCCACACGCUGCUGCUUCUGUGCAGGCUGCAGCUUUUUACGAGAGUAUAAAUAGAGUGAUGACCCCAGUUUCUUGCAUAAUGUAUGGUAUUCAUACUGUGUCCGCCAUGUCCAUUCUCAAGUUACCUUCGACUGCAGACACGUCUACUUUUUUAGUCUGGCAGCAGGACCAGAUGGACUGGUUUUACCGUUAAGCUGAAGACAUAAUGAACUUUGCAAAAGGAUGUCUUAUUGGGACUUAUUUAUGUUUUGGAUAUUACAGCCACAAGAGGAAACACUUCUUCGUUGAAGCUCUAGGUCUCUAUAUGUCUUUCAAUGUCCAUUUGUAAUAGUUUAUAUUUAUUCUUAAUCCAAAUCUAAAGGAUUUUUUUUUUUUUGCCAAUGUGCUGUGAUAUAAUAACAAUAGAUCUAAUUUUGGUUUUUCUUUCUCCCAGAUGGUUGGUAGUAGAUUUGUCACAUUUUGUUAUGCUUGUUUCUGAAGUGCAUGAUGAGUGAGGCUGAAUCGCAUGAGUGACAUGUACACUGAAAAAGUCCUUUUGGUUUAAAACAAUUUUUGGUUCGAUUGAUAAUUUAUCCCAUGUUUUUGAUGUUUUAAGUGGGAAUUAUAGCAGCAGAAUUACAUUUAAAAAAAACAAAAAAACAAAUUUUGCCUUUGACGUAUGAAUAUACAUGGCAGACCUGAAGUCUCAUCAUUUCUCCUGUGUUGUCCCAUAUGUUGUGGAAAUCCGAUGGAAUGUUCUGCAUUUUUCCAGUACAGCUGUUCUACUGAUCCACGUUUGAGACUUCAAUGCCGUUUUCUUUUUCUGUUCUAAACAUCAUGUGGAGGUUUUGUAAAAUCAUAUUGUUUUUGUUGCAGUGAAGGUCACUGUGAUGAGGCUAUACUUAGAAAAAAAAACUAAUUUGUGCCGCCAGACUGUAGUCAUUUGGUUAAAAACAGUAAACUGUUCUUUCUUAAA